AAAGCCCCGAUCGUGUUGUAAUUAUUAAAAAUUACUUGAGUCAAUUUCGAGAUAUAUUCGAAUUUCAUAACCCAUCUGAUCACGGACUUGAUUCAAUUUUGUCGGUACAUGAUGUUGAUUAUAUCGAAUAUUUGAAAACCGCAUAUACUGAAUGGUGUAAUGAGGGUGGAGACAGGAAUGGGGUUAUACCAGAGACAUUUGCACAUAGCAAGAUUUUAAACACCGCAAAGAAUUUAAAAACAGUCAAAUCAUCAUUGGCCAAGGCUGGGAUUUAUUGUUUUGAUUUAUCUUGUUGCAUUACUGAAGAUACAUGGGGGGCGGUUUAUGAGUCGGCACAGGUUUGCAUUAGUGCUGCGAAAGAACUUUUAAAUUAUAAUUUAGAAAGAUCUGGAGAUAUUGGUGUAUUUGCACUCUGUCGACCUCCGGGCCAUCAUGCGAAUAGUAAUGUAUGUGGUGGUUACUGCUUUCUUAAUAAUGUUGCGAUCGCAACCAAGCUUUUAAUUUAUGAUAAUUCUGAUGAGUUCAAAAAUCAGAAUAAAGUUGUUAUAUUGGAUAUUGACUAUCAUCAUGGCAAUGGAACACAAGAUAUUUUUUACUCUCAAUCAAAUCCAUUGUAUGUUUCAUUUCAUGCUUCCAAUGAUUAUCCUUACUUUACUGGGGACGAAUCAGAGGUCGGAAGUGGCGAAGGUGAAGGAUUCAAUAUUAAUAUUCCUUUGCCCAAAGAAACUAAUGAUGAAGAAUAUGUAGAAAAGUUAAAAGUUGUUAUCCAAAGUAGAAUAAUACCUUACAAUGCAAAUUAUCUGAUUGUUUCAUUGGGGGUUGAUACAUAUAAAGAUGAUCCUAUUGCAGGGUUUGGGAUCACAACUUUAGG